CUUUGUUUUGAAUCAGGUUCAAACGUAGCUCGAACCACUAAAAUUCAAAUUUCAAUCAAUUUCCUCGUGAAUUUCAAAUUAAUUCCUAUAAAAAAUAAAAUUUCAAUCAAAAAACUAUAAAAUUGUGCAUCGAACAGUCAAAAAAGAUAAAAUUUUGUGAUUUGGACGCCUUCCAAUAGUUUCAUCAGCGAAAAAAAUGCCAGCGGACAAAAUGGACACAAGUGAUCCAAAAGAGAUUCCGGGUACAUCGAAUCCCCCCAGAAUCCGCACCGAAAGCGAAAAUUCCGACAAAUCCGGAAGUGGGGCAGCACGUUUCUUGCUUCCUGGCACGUCGGCGAGUCCUCCGAAGAUCCUGACACUGGAUGAGGUCCAAUCUGUGGUGAAAAACAUCGAAGAUAUGGCCUUGGCGCACGAAAUUGCCGUCAAUGCGGACUUCAAACUCGAGCCUUAUGAGCCGCCAGAGAAUAGUUUAGAGAAAAUUAUCAAAGACACGAUCCACAAGGCCUUCUGGGACGUCUUGCGGGAACAAUUGAACAGCACGCCGCCCAUUUAUAGUCACGCCAUUCAAUUGCUCGGCGAAAUCAAGGAGAUGUUUGAAGCGAUUUUGCCGAGCAACAACAAACGAACGCUCGAACGGAUCAACGAAAUUCUCGACGAGACGGUAAUUCAGCAACAAGCCGAGCAAAAUGUCUUGGAUUUCAAGGCAUACGCGAAUUUUAUCAUCCACAUAAUGGGACUAGCUUGUGCCCCGAUCCGCGACGAGCAAGUGGCAAAAUUGAAGGAAAUCACGGAUGUCGUCGAGAUGUUCCGGGCCAUCAUGGAAACGCUGAGUUUGAUGAAACUCGAUAUGGCAAACAAUUAUUUGAAUGCCGUCAGGAACGAUGUGGUUGCCAAUACCGUCGAAUAUGAGCGGAAAAAGUUCAAGGAAUAUCUGGAAGUGGUCGAAAGUCUUCCAGCGACUGAGGCAUGGCUCAAGCGGAAUCACGUGAAUGCCGAUGCGCAAUCCAAAGAUACGAUUUUCAAGGCGUAUCUCGAACUGAUUGACUGGAAACCGGAAAAUGAGUUUCCCGAAAUCAUGUCGAUGGACAAAGAUCGGGUGCGGGGAUUGCAAAGUCGUGCUUUGCGAUUGACAGCGGCAGCGUGUUGCAUGGUAUUUGUCAGCGGAGUUCCCGUUAUUGGACAAAAUGCGGAGAUACGGAAGAAAUUGGUGGCGCAUUUGAUGGUUUUGUUGCAGAAUGUGGAGACGGAUAAAGACUUGGAAGACACCAUCGAAAGCAUCUGGCUGCACAUAAAAUCCGUCUUAGACGCUCGUCUCUCGGAGCUUAAUCAGAAAAUCGAUGAAGCCACAACUGAAACUCUGAAAACACAAGUUCAUCAAAUCGCAAAACCAGAUUCGCCUGUUCGAACUUUGCUCUGGAAGCGAUUUGUCACGUACAUUAGUCUAAAUUUGCGGAACAACGCAAUGAUUCCGACACCGCCUGGAUUUACGGAUUAUGUUGCCGAACUGGAAAGUAUUGCUGCUGCCUUUAAACGUCUCACGUACUACAAUCACGCCGUUUAUCGUGAAUAUUAUCAGGAGUUACUUGAUAAAAUUAACAAACAACUGAAUCCAACAGUCUCGCAGUAAAAAAAAAUGUGUGUGUGAUAGAGAAACUUAGAAAAAUUAGAGAAUGAGCGUGAAAGUAGUUUUAAGCAUUUUAUUUUCUGAAAGCACUGCGAAUUUUAAUGUACUUUUAUUUUAUCCUAUUUUGAAUUAUUUUUAAAUAUUUUAAUCUGAAAUAUUCAAAAAAUAUGUGAAUUUAUAUAAAAAUAUGUACUACUAAUCAGUAUAAAAAAAACUUAGUUUUUGAAUGAA